AUGGCUUGGAUUGAUUUCUCCUACGCAACCUGGGAGCCUUCGGUCGGAGCAGCUGACAUCAGCAUGGGAACAGUCACAGCUCAGUCUGGAGUUCCAAGCCUUGAGUUUGGCGGAAUUGGUCCCUACUUUCCUGGCGGUUACAUGGUGCCGGUCAUCGAAUGGGGCCAGUACAACGUUCGUUUCUACUGCCCAGCCGAGAUGGGCGAUGGAGACUAUUGCAAAGUUGUGGAGUCCCUUUUUCAGAAACCUUUUCCGAAAAAAGACGAGAUCGGGUCAAUGCUUUGGCACAUGACGCGCUUUGACGGAGGACGGAAGUAUGUAAGAGACACAUGGCUCGUGCCCCCAUGGGUCACUCCGGAUGAGACAUACCCAGAGACGCAUGAGAAGUUCCACAGCUACAACAUAUUGGUGCUCAUGCACGGCAAUGGGACCAUCGAUGAAGAACACUUCAGCCGCUUCAUGAUGAAGUUGGACGGGCAAGACCUUAUUGUGCCGAAGGCUCUUGAAAGGACCCGCCGGCCUCGGCAGAAGGUGGAUCAGCUCCUCUUCGAUGCCGAGGUCUGCUUCCUGACGAGCCACAUGGGCCCGCUGUUUCCGGGAGAUGACGAUGACGAGCAUCGUUGGCUGAGCAACCUAGAAGACUUCAACAGCUUCAUCAGCUUCGCUCGCGCAUCGCCGACCCUGCGAGCCAAAGUCCUGGAAGAUGGCAUCGUAAGGUACGUCAAGGACAUCCGCGCGGUGGUCAAGGCAGGCAGUCCAGUGGUGCUUUGCACCUGUCAAAACCUUGUCAAUGACUAUUUCUUCCUUCAUGAUGAUGGCACCCUCUCGCCGGAUGCUCGCCGCGAUCUGGCUUUGGGAACGGAUGCGGAUGGCUGGGUUGUUCUCGCACACCGCUCUGGCGGCGAUGUGCUUCGAUUCCAGGUCGUGGAUGCGAAGGGCACCACCCCCCAGGCUCUUACCCUCCAGAGCGAAGUUGGACGCGGCGUAGUCAUUGCUGAAGAGACCAUGGUCGGCCCUUCGCAGGUGCGGAAGCUGCGCCUCGGAAAAGCUUCGGAUGCUGUCAUCGUGGUGGCAGACGGCUCGAUUGUGCGCUUCGCCAGUGACGAUGCUCUGGCUCUUCAUGUUGGGGACCCAGCUUUCGAGUUGGCUCGGAAGCAGAACCAGGAGCUCUACGCCGCGGCAAAGGAGGGUAAUCUUGCGACGAUGGAACAGCUUAUCGGUGAGGGUGCCGACGUGAACUGGCCUCGGGAGCAUGAGUCGCUUGGCCACGUGGCCGCCCGUGAAGGACAAAGCCAGGCCUUGAAGGUUCUCCUGGCGCAUGGCUUCGACGUCAACACAAGGCCGUGUGGAGCUGUUUUUCAGCCCUGCCCUGUUGAGUUAAUGUUGUGCAGAUAG